AUGACAAUAGAAUUGAAUCGAACUGUUGAAUGUAACAGUGAAUUUCUAAAUUCUCUACCUUACAAAUCUACAUCUUCAGAAGUUUGUUUAAGUACAUGUGAAAAUAUGCCUAAAGAGAAUGAAUUAAAAACAAAAAAAUUAGUCCCAGUCCAACGAACUUAUAAUGAAUGCAUCCUUUACGCUUUAGGUGAAUGGAGGUGUGCAUGUCUUACAACUGUUUUAGUCACAGGUAUUAUUUUAGUAUCAUCAUGCGGUGUUGAACAGCUGACAAAUUACAUGAAUUCAUCUCACUUAGAUACACACUAUCCUACUUCAUAUCAUAAACACGAUCAAAGUUUUCGAUUAUUGUGUCAAACAAGUUCUCUUCUAAUUAUUAAUGGUUUAUUAUUCCUAGUAUAUUUAGUCUAUUUAAUUGAAUCAUGGCAAUCAAGAAACUGGAUCCAAACAACAUGGUUAAUUGAUACAAAAAUGGCAUAUAAUUUAAUACAUAAUGCACAUAAACUUAUUCCUUCUAUUCUUUGGCAAAUCAAAUGUUAUCAUUAUGCUCAUAAUACACCACAAUAUAAUCAUUAUCAACAGAAUCCAAUGCAACAAACCACAACAUUGAAUGUAAAUGAAUUAAGUAAACCAAUUAAAUAUUCAUUUAUCCAAGAUGAUUUCAAUAAUUUAACUAAAGAAGUUAAUACUCAAAAUAAUCAAUAUCGAUCGAAUUCUAAUAAAAUCCCUAAAAUGUUAUCUCAUUCUACUGAUAACACAAAUAUAAAUCCAAUUAAAUGUCAUCGUAUUAUAACAAUGAAUAAAAUUUGUUCAUUUGAUUUAUCUAAAAUUGAUGCUAUAUGGGAUAUGUCAGAUAGUAUUAGUGAAUUAGAAAAUUUUCAAUUGAUUGAAUUAAAUAUAAAUACAUUAUUUAGUUUUUCUGAUAAAAAAACUUAUUUAGAAUAUCAAAGACAAAAACAAAAAUUUUUUACAACUUAUGAAAAAUUCGAUGUUUACAUGGAAACUGAACAAAUUUGUACUUUUAAAGAUUUUAUGAAAUUUCCAGAAAAAUUUCUUAUUAUUCAUCAAUUAUCAAAAUUACCAUUCUAUUUAAAAGAUAUAACUUAUUUAAUAGCUACACUUUUAUUAUGUUCAUUACCAUUAAGAAUUUAUAUUUACGCAAAUAAAGCUAAAUUAAAUUGUAAAAUUCAUAAAAUAUUUGGUUCUAAACCAAUAAAUAGAAAUUCAUUAAUAAAUACAUUACCUAAUUAUACUAUACCAUUAUCAUUAUCAAAUCAAAAUUUUAAUUAUAUUAAUCAUAAUAACAAUAAUAAUAAAUUACAUUAUAAUAAUGAAGCUAUUGUAUUAUAUAAUAAACAUAUUUUAAAUAAUACUGCUGAUAUAAUACAAAAUGACAAUAAAAAAUAUAAGAAAUAUAUAUCAAUUAUUACAAAAGAUUCAUAUGAUGUUAAUCAAAUAAAAUAUGAUAAUAAACAUAGUUCUAUUGAAAAUGAAGAUCAUGAUGAUGAUAAUCAUGAAGAUGAAGAUGAAGAACUUUUAUCAUUGGAUAUACGAUUUGAUGAAUAUAUAAAAAAUAAAUCUAUUAAAAAUGAUAAAAAUAAUAUAGAAAAUAAUAAUUAUAAUUAUGAAUUAAAUACUAUUUUAAAAAAUUCUAAUGUUGAUGUAACAUCUGUGUGA